AUGCUGAGCGGGGUCAGCGGCCGGGUGUCGGCUGUGCUGCGGGCGGCCACGGCGGCCGUCACCCCGGUCCGGAACCGCUGGCACGCCGACAAGGUGGCGCGAGGCCCGGUGGCGGUGCGCUACGGCUGGCACAAGGAGCACAUCAUGCCAUCUGGCUUGUUGCCACGGAAGGAGGGUGCUAAGGCCCUGCCAAUGCCGGAAUACAAACCCAACAACGCCUGGACAAAGAAGAAGGCCAUGUUCGGUCAGAACGACUACAUUGAUAUUCUGGGUAACGGCUCACUACACCCGGUACAACUGAUGUACAAGGUACCGCCGUGGCUGCGCGGCUUCCGCGGAAACGAGUACCAGAUGUUGCUGCGUAAACGGCGCGCCCUGGGACCCCUCCUGGACGACCACUACCCGACCAAGAGCUUCAACCUGCAGAAACGCAUCAGGUACCUGUACCGCUUCCUCAACCACGGGCGAACCAAGGAUUACUUCUGGAGGAAGCACUAG